GGUGGAUGUGCAGAAUGUGCAGAGCUGCUUCCACUUUGUUUGCUACAACUAACAGUUGACUGUGAAAUAUUUAGUAGCAAGGAAAUUUCACAGAUGGACUUAUUGCACAGAUGGCAACCUAUCACGGUACCACGCUUGAGUUCACUGAGCUCCUGAGGGCGACCCAUUCUUUCACAAAUGUUUGUAGAAGCAGUCUGCAUGCCUAGGUGCUUGAUUUUAUACACCUGUGGAGGUGAUUGGAACACCUGAAUCCAAUGAUUUGGAGGGGUUU